AUAUCCUAUUUGUAGGAAACAGUGGCACUUUAUGACUCUUUAACACAGGACGCAAACUGCUCUUUCUUGGGGACCUUGCUCUUUCCUAGCUCUCCUCCCUCCUCUCAGACAUCAGCAUUGCAUGACAACUCGGAAUGUAAUUAAACAAGUAAGAGAGAAGAAAAGGUGUGCAAAAGAGAGCUGGAGGCAAAAAGGAUUAAGGAUUAAAACUGGUUAAAAGAAGAAAUAACUUUUCACCAUAAUGGAAAUCCCUGACUUUUCCUCAAUGAAACUAAAUAGCCGGCCUGAGCUGAUUGAUUUUGAGGGCAUUUCUAUGAUUCACUACUUCACUGACAACUGGGAAAAAGUGAAAAAUUUUCAGGCAAGACCUGAUGACAUUCUAAUCGCCACUUAUCCUAAAGCAGGUACCACCUGGGUUUCAUACAUACUUGACCUUGUAUACUUUGGCAAUGAAAGUCCAGAGCGCCAGACCUCCCAGCCAAUCUAUAUGAGAGUGCCCUUCCUGGAGACGUGUUUUGAAGGGUUGCCAUUAGGCACAGAGCUGGCUGAUAAUUUGCCCACCUCUCCUCGCCUCAUUAAAACACAUUUACCUGUGCAGCUUGUGCCCAAGUCCUUCUGGGAGCAGAACUCAAAGGUGGUGUAUGUAGCUCGGAAUGCAAAAGACAAUGCAGUUUCAUAUUUUCUUGAUCGAAUGAACAUGGGACAGCCUGAACCAGGAGACUGGAACACUUUCUUACAAAAAUUUAUGGAAGGAAGGAAUGUAUUUGGUCCUUGGUACGAUCAUGUUGAUGGAUAUUGGAAGAAAAAACAGACAUAUUCUAACAUAUUGUACAUGUUCUAUGAGGAUAUGGUUGAAGACACUGGACGUGAGGUGGAACGUUUGUGCUCCUUCUUGGGAUUGUCCACUUCAGCCGCAGAGAGGGAGAGAAUAACAAAAGGGGUUCAGUUUGAUGUAAUGAAACAGAACAAGAUGACCAACUAUUCGACUAUCCCAGUCAUGGACUUCAAGAUCUCGCCCUUCAUGCGAAAAGGUAAAGUUGGAGACUGGAGAAAUCACUUCACUGUGGCACAAAAUGAACAGUUUGAUGAGGUCUACAAACAAAAGAUGAAGAAUACCACUGUCAAGUUUCGUACUGAGGUUUAAAACUACAGCUCUUGACCUUGCACCAGAAUAAUAUAUAAAUAAAUAUUUAAUUAUCCAGUGGUCUACUUGGAAUUCAUCAUAUUUUUCCCUGCAUAUUAUAUGUUUUUAAAAGGAUCUUUUAACAGUUCUUUAAUAGACAAUCUGUUUGACCAACCCUUCGUGCAGCCUGUACAAAAUUUAUUUGUGAACCAAAAACCUCAGACUGCAGCUCUAACAUUUUUAGUUACAAAUUUUGUAUGCAGUCCAAAACAGUUGUUAAGUACACAUUUUAAAGUCUUAUGAUUUUAUUUCUGUUUUAUUGGUUCAAAUAAAGAAAUGCUUUAAAACA